AUGGCCACCACCAGUUGCUCGCAUCGCGCACUCAAAACACAAUCUGGACGCAAACAGUCUUCUUCUUCUAGUGCCAAUGGUGGUAAACCAUUGCCCCAUGGCUCCACGCUCAACGAGCAUCGCGUUAGCAAACGUGUCAAAGCUCUCAAAGCGCACGGCAAAGCGAGAGUCACACUUCUGCACGCCCAAGCAAGAGCUGCGGAGGCGGACGCCGAUGUCGAAGCAGCAAAGCUUCGGUUUGAGGCCGCGACGAUGGAGCUCGAGAAGACGAACGAGGAUACCCUCGAACAGGACAGAGACGAAGAACUCGAGGAACACAAGAUAAAGGAAGAGGAAGAAUAUGGGGCGGGCUUGGAAGGCAUGGAAGAUGAUGUGUCCGUUUACGAUGUAUAA